CGCCCUGGUCCCCCUCCCCACCCUCCUCCCUCCCUCCACUCCUCCCUCCGUCCUCCCGCCCCCUCCGUUCUCCCUUCGGCUGCUGCCCGAGCCCGGCCCGCCGGCUGGGCUGGCAGGAGGGCGGCGGCGGCACCACCAUGAGCUUUGAGGGCGGCCUCAGCGGCAGUCUGCGCCGCGGGGCGGAGAGCGGGGACACCGAGCCGCCCCCGUCGCCUCCCCCGUCGCCUCCCCCGCCGCCGCCGCCGCCGCCGCCGGGAGAGCCGGCCUCGGUCCCCGCGCUCCCACGCUACCUGCCACCGCUGCCCGCGCCGCCCGCGUCCCCCGAGCGCGCCGCGGGACCAGACGAGCCGCCGACGGAGCUGGUCCCGCGGCGCCGGGGCGCGGACGAGCUGCCGCCGCCGCCCCUGACGCCGGCCGGCCAGGAGGUGUCCGCGGCUGGCGACUCGGGGGAAGGUCCGAGGCGCCUUCCAGAGGCGGCGAUCCCUGAGGCGGCGGCGGCGGUGAAGGGCGUCCCCGGGGAGCCUGAGGCCGGCGCGGGCGGGGAGGGCGAGCGGCGGGGCGCCGGCGACCAGCCCGAGACGCGCUCGGUGUGUAGCAGCCGCAGCAGCAGCAGCGGCGGUGGCGACCAGCGCUCCGGGCACCAGCACCAGCACCACCAGCCCAUCUGCAAGAUCUGCUUCCAGGGCGCGGAGCAGGGGGAGUUGUUAAACCCCUGCCGCUGUGAUGGGUCAGUUCGAUAUACACAUCAGCUGUGCCUGCUAAAGUGGAUCAGUGAGAGGGGUUCCUGGACCUGUGAGCUCUGCUGUUACAGAUACCAUGUCAUAGCCAUUAAAAUGAAACAGCCUUGCCAGUGGCAAAGCAUAUCUAUAACACUGGUUGAGAAAGUUCAGAUGAUUGCUGUAAUCCUAGGAUCCCUGUUCUUAAUAGCGAGUGUGACCUGGCUCCUCUGGUCAGCCUUCAGCCCCUAUGCAGUGUGGCAGAGGAAGGACAUCCUUUUUCAAAUCUGCUAUGGAAUGUAUGGUUUUAUGGAUCUAGUGUGCAUAGGUCUCAUUGUCCAUGAAGGAGCUGCAGUUUACAGAGUAUUUAAGCGCUGGAGAGCUGUUAACUUACACUGGGAUGUAUUAAAUUACGAUAAAGCCACAGACAUCGAAGAAAGUAGCCGGGGAGAGUCCUCCACAAGCAGGACUUUAUGGCUGCCGUUGACGGCUCUGCGGAACAGGAACUUGGUCCACCCAACGCAGUUAACCUCCCCGAGGUUCCAGUGUGGCUACGUGUUGCUGCAUCUGUUCAAUCGGAUGAGGCCCCAUGAAGAUUUGUCAGAGGAUAAUAGCUCAGGGGAGGUUGUCAUGAGAGUGACUUCUGUGUGACACAGUGUAAGACGGCGUGGCGCAGACCACCCUGCACAUUUUGGAAUGUAAUUGCAAUGAAUGGCAAAACCAUAGCACUUCUAAAAACACACAUCUAUGAACUUUUUAAAAUUUAUGCUUUUUAUAUGAACAUUUGAAUUGCAAAUACAUUUUUCUGAAAAAAAAAAAAAAGAGUACUCUGGUUCUUUGUUUUCUGACUUAUCCCAUCUUUUAUAAGUUGGUACUUGAAAUCAUUUUACGU